ACGUUCGAAUUCCACACUCUCGAGUCCAAAACUAUCGACACCGAUCAUCCAACGUGUCGAGAAGUCCAAGACAGAAAAAGGAAAAGCGCAAUUGGAACAGGAGACUAAAAACCCCUCGUUGCGGAGCCCUUAGUUCAGAGAAGGAAGAAUCAAUCGCCAGCUAUGGUCAUGGAUGCGACCCAAUCGCAGCAGCCUUCGCCGCAGUCGGUGGGACGCGAGUUUGUCCGCCAGUACUACACGCUGCUGAACAAGGCGCCCAAUCAUCUGCACCGCUUCUACAACAACAACUCGUCGUACAUCCAUGGCGAGUCCAAGCUGGUGGUCGGCCAGCGGGAGAUCCACAACCGGAUCCAGCAGCUGAACUUCAACGAUUGCCAUGCGAAGAUCAGCCAGGUGGACGCGCAGGCCACUUUGGGCAACGGUGUGGUCGUCCAGGUGACCGGGGAGCUCUCGAACGAUGGCCAGCCCAUGCGUCGCUUCACCCAGACGUUCGUCCUGGCCGCCCAGUCGCCGAAGAAGUACUAUGUGCACAACGACAUCUUCCGCUACCAGGAUCUGUACAUUGAGGACGAGCAGGACGGCGAGUCGCGUUCGGAGAACGAUGAGGAGCACGACGUUCAGGUUGUUGGCGGCACUGUGGAUCAGGCUGUGCAGGUGGCAGGCGAUGUGGUGGCCCAGCAGCAGCCGCAACAGCAGCAGCAGCAGCAGGCUCCUCCGCAGCCGCAGGCUCAGGUCGUGGUGCCCCAGCAGGUGGCUCCCGUGGCGGCCGGUGGUGCUGCCCCGCAGCCCAUCUUCUAUCCAUUGCCUGCGGGCGCUGCUGCCGGACGCCCGGUGGCCGUUUUGCCGCCAGCUCCCCAAGCCGCGGCGGUUCCACUGCCCGCGCAGUUCACCGUUCCGCCGCCACAGCCCAUCCAGAAUGGCGUGGUGUCGCACGAGGAGCUGCAGCAGCAGCAACAGCAGGUGCUGGUUCCACCCAGCGUUUCGCCUUUGGUGCAGCAGCAGCAGCAGCCUAGCGGCACUCCUGUGCUGCCUAUUGUUCCAGUGCCAAGUGCGGGCUUCCAGCAAUCGCCACUGGUGGCACCACAGCUUAUCCAGCAGCAGCAGCAGCAACCUCAGCAGCUGCCCCCGCAGCAACAGCAGCAGCAGCAGCAACCCAUCCAGCAGCAGGCUUUGCAGCAGCAGCAGCAACAGCCGCUGUCGGAGCCCGAGGAAGUCGAGGUGGCACCGCGACAGCUGCAGAAGCCUUCCACGCCCGUCGACGACUUCAAGACCAUUCACGAGCAGCAGCAGCAGGAGAAGUACGAGGCCGCCAAGCAGCAGCAGAACGAGCCAAAGACCUAUGCGAAUCUGUUCAAGUCCACUUCCUCCUCGCCCAGCGGCUUUGUGAACGCCGCCCUGCAGCAGCAGCAGCAACUUCAGCAGCAGCAGCAACAGCAGCAGUCGAUCAGCAGCAACACCUACAGCUCGUCUUCGCAAUCCGCGGCCGGCGGCAAUGGCGGUCAGGUUAGCUACUCCACCACCGCUUCGUCCUACAACAACAGCAACGGCAACUCGCGACUGGACAACGGAGGUCCGCUUCCUCAGCGCAACAACUCGAUCCGCAACACCAAGGGUGACUUUGAGCAGCGUCGGUCGAGCAACACUCAGCAGUUCGGUGAUAAUCAGCAGCUGUUCUUGGGCAACAUACCGCACCACGCCAGCGAGGAUGAUCUGCGCGACAUCUUCUCGCGCUUCGGAAAUGUCCUGGAACUGCGCAUCCUGUCCAAGGCUGGCAACAAAGUGAUGCCGGGCAUGCGCAGUCCGCUGAACUACGGGUUCAUAACGUACGACGAUCCCGAGGCGGUGCAAAAGUGCCUAGCCAACUGCCCCCUGUACUUCCCGGAGAACUCACCCGAUGGCCAGAAGUUGAAUGUGGAGGAAAAGAAGCCGCGCGUUCGCAACGACAUGCUGCCCCGUCAGCCGAUCGGUGGCAACAACCUGAACAACAACAUGGGUCGUUUGGGCGGCAACAACGGUCCGCAGUCGCGUCCGAUGGGAAACAACAAUGGCAGCGGCGGUGGCAUGAUGCGUAACAAUGCCGGGGGCAACAAUCUGCGUCAGGGAGGCGGCGGCGGCGGAGGAGGCGGAAACGGUGCUCCUCGCCUGGGCGGCGGAGGUGGAUUCGGACAGCGCCAGGAUACCCGCACCGGCGGCGGCGGCAACAACCAGUCCAACGGACCGCUGCGCGGUGCCGGAAACGGACAGAGCGGUGGUGGCAACUACGGACGUCGCUAAAGGACGACAUCCUCAGCACAUCAGCCAAUUCAAAAGCAUCAGCAAGAGCAGCCGCAGCAGCAGCAGUAGCCGCCACAACAAUAACAGCAGCAGCAGCAAGAACCCAACGUUAAAAACAUCGACUUCUUCCACAAUGCAAUCAAUCAAUUACAUUCAAGAACAUCUCAUGCAAUUAAACACACAAAGACACGCAAAUCACACAACCAUAAAGUAGUUGGAGCAACCAAAACUGUCAACUGUCCCUUAAAAAUGUUCCUCAGCGCAACUCGGGGCGUCGAGCUACAAAGAAAGAAAAGAAAUAACAAAGAAAUGAAUAACGUCAAGAUCUUGAGUCUCUCCUUAGUUUAAUUGCGUUAGGCUCGCUUUUUCCAGCCAGUUCGUGCCAAAAUAUACCGAAAUUCUGUGCAAAUCUUUGUUGUGAACCCAAAAGAAAUGAAAGCUUCAGCUCGUCAACUGCUACUCUCUACCAUCCUCCACCCCACCACCUGCAACUCACGGAAUCACCUUCACCCUGAAACACGUGUAUUAAGUUUAAGUCUCAAUCAACACACACCCAUAAACACUCAUCGAAAUCACACAAACAAACAGACACACUCACCCAUCUUAGCAUAAAUGUAAACUUUAAUUUCAGCUAUCGUUUGGCAAAUCACUUUCAACAAAAAUCUAACUUAAGUUCGCAAGAUGAGAGAAAUUGGUUUUUAAAAGGAAGGAAAGGAGCAAUGCAACACAUUUUCGUUUGUUUUUUCAUUGAAUAACCCAUUACUUAAGCUAAAUAAAAGAAGAAAUUAAAAGGGAAAACUUAAAAAACUUAGCUAAAGGAUAUAAACACGAAAAAAAACAAACAAAAAAAUGAAAAACCUUUGUAAAAUGCAAUAAAAAAGAGCAAAAGAAAGACUUGAAAAAAAAAUUAAUCUAAAAACUAAAAAAAAGGAAUGUAAACACGAGAAAAAUGUAAGGCGCGGUUAUAAACAAGCAAGAGUAAGAUCAAGCUAAAACACACAAGAACACAAACCUCUUAAAAAACAUUGAAAAUGAAACGAAAACUGAUUCAGCACCAAGCCGCCGCGAGAAGGAAAAGUGAGGAAAAACAAACCCAUCAACGUCGUCGUCGUCGACGUUUUCGCGCCCCAGAAAGUCCGCCGCAUUUUAGAGCCUGUAAACCUUUUGCUACUUAAAUCUAAUUUGCAGACACUGAUGACACAUCUAACUAGCUAGUCUAUAUAGGGAAUCGGAUCGAAUGAUUGUUGAAAUGAGAGCGUGUGUGAGGGCAAAAGCGGUGCCGGCGCCGCAGCGGGGGGCGUGGUCGAUGCAAUCGAUGAUGAGAGGGCGACGAACGGACGGACUGUGUUUUUCGCUUUUUUUUCGUUCUGUUUAAUGAGUUCAAGGUCGUAAACCAAACUAAGUCAUGCAACUUAAACGAUUUGGUGUUUCCAACGCAGUUGUGAACUAAAAUUUAGUACAUAUUUUUUAAAUAAAAUCAAGAAAAGCCCAAAAAAAAAGAUGAGAACCAUAUAAAACACACACAAAAACCUAUUAUAAUAGUCGGAGGACGAAACACAAGCUACUAACAUUUUUCUCAAGGUAAAAACAAGCAAAACAUGUAACAAAAAAUAUAUACAAAUAUAUAUAUAAAUAAAAACAAAAACUCAUAUAAUUUAAUGUUAACUUUUAGACUUACCAGAAAUCUAAAUAUACAUAUAUAUAUAUUUAUAUAACUGCUGCAGAAAAGGGGAAAGAAGAAAGAAGGCAGAAAAGCAGAGAGGGGAACUAAAAACAUUUAAAAUCGUGUGAGAAUCUUUUUUGAGUUUUUUUCGCAGGCGUCCAAAUAUAUUUGCCUAAGUUAUUCUUGUUUUGUUAGAACUUAAAAACUUUUGAUUCGUUGGAAACAUAUCAUUUGUUUUUGUUGGUCGACGCCUGCUCUAGGGAAUUAAUUGCUAAAUCAAUUACUUUCUACAACUAUUUCUAGUACAGACACACCCACACAUACACCACUCACGUUUGCCAGCCACACAUUUUUAGCACUGUGAACAGGGUCUAAAGCAAUUUUAGUACAUUUUUUGUAAAUCGAAAAUGUUAGUGUUCAAAUCUUAGCUCAACGAUCAGUGCUGGAAGUGCUUCGUAAACAGAAAACCACAAAAAAAAACAGCAUCAAAACAAUAAAAUACAAAUCAGAGGUACUAACUAAAUCUAUGUAAGAGUAAGGAAAAACAAACAAUUAGAGUUCAUGCUCAUUUCGAAGUGAACCGAUGAAAUCACAAUACUGCAGUUUGUAAAGAGUAAAGAAAACAGAAAAGGAAACACUUAAUUAUAAUUUAAUUUAUAUGUAUACAACUACAAAAUAAUUAUAAUAAUAAAAACAACCACAAAGAUUCAGCGUGUUUACCAGAAAA